AUGACAAAUCAUCUGGGAGCGCAGUCUUUGACCGAAGAUAACCAAGUGGUUUCAAUUGAGUUACCAAAUGGAUCAACAGAAAAGAUUGAAGUUCGCGAUAAACGGAACGCGACUGUCAGGGACUUAAAGGUCACCUGUGAGUUGCAAUUUGGUAUCCCAUGUAAUCUACAGCAAGUCAGCGCUUUGAAAAACCCAAACCAGGAGUUAAACGACUGGAUGCCCCUCACAGAAGCUAUUCAGAUGAUGGGGAAUGAUGCUGUCGUUGUCGUCAAAGUACCUGUGUGGUGGAACAAGUUUAUUUGCGUUUGCUUGAACAAUGAUAUCGAGAACGUUUGCAUAAGAACUAAGCUUCCUAUGCAACAGAUCAGUAAAGAGGAGCGAUUGUUUGUCGCUUUUUACAUCGCUUGCUGCGGUGGACAUGAAAAAUUACUGGAGCGGCUCCAAACUAUGGACAUUCAGUGCGACCAUCAAACAACUACUCGAGCGGGUAGGAAUCUUUUUCACGCUGCUGCAGCAAGUGGAAAGGUAAACUGUGUGGAGUUUGUGGCCAAACAUUUGAUCAAACCAUCAAAGGAGAACUUAACACUAAUAGACAUUAAUAGAGAGACCCCGAUUGAUAUUGCGCGACGAUUAAAUUAUAGCGAGACGGAAAGAUUACUUUAUAAAUACAUGUAUAAUGAAAAGGGCGAACGAAUGGAACGCAAUUCCGCCGAGUCUGGAAUAGAUUUGAGCGAAGAAAGCGAGUCAGAGGACUCUGUGGAAGAAAAAAACCGAUCAAGAGGAAACAUUUCCGCAUGCGAAGGACAAGAUGAUGGUGACAGCAGAAGUGCAGAUGUGAUUAAACCAAUUUGUGUCAAGGACGAGGAAUUAGUGAUCACCGAGUGUGACGAAGGAUUGAGUUUUGCUGUGAACUCGAAAUCAGAGCAGGUGACGCCCCCAAAUUCACAUGUUGGAGUGAAUCAACAAGAUGGCUUGGCAACGUGUGAGAGGAGCCCUCAACAAGCGCACAGUCCAUGUUCUUCAGAAAGUUCUGACGAGUCGUCAUAUAUUUCCCCCAGGCCGAGUAGACCACAAACCCUUAAUGUGCAAUCCAAUCAACACUUGCUCCAACGGCGGUUUAAGGAAACCGAUCCUUACAGGCCAAAGAGCGCGCGAACUGUGCGCUGUCCGAAAAUCUACCUCGAGGAAGAGGAAGAAGCUGAUGUAAAUGAAAAUCAUCUGCCUCCUUUAGAAGGCCAAACACAGAAACCUCAUGCCCUUGGAAACGUCCUGAGCUCAUCUGCGUCUAACCUGCAAAUUAGGAGAAUGAAACAAGCUCUUAUACGAACUAACAGCGGGCCGAAUUCUCCCAUGUUGAAUCGACGAUUGAAUCCGACGGAAGAGUCACCUACCGAUGAUUUUGUCUCGAAAAGCGCGCCAGGUUCUCCACAGAGUCCACGAUUGUUGUUCAAGCCAUCGCGCAGUACCGCUCCGGUUUCGCCAAAAUUUUCAAGAGCACAGCUGGAUCGAAGACGCGGCUCUGAGCCGGUAGCAGCUAUGAACAAGAUGAAUGGUGUCAGGUUUCCUCGCACGACCAUUACAGCUGAUCUACAUGGAGACAUCAAGGGACAACCUGCCUCUCCUAUAAUGUUCAGAAGAGGCAAGGCAAGGUAGGUACAUACUCGUUAACUAUCAAUAUAUAAGUGGCCUCUGCCUUUCUUUAUUGACCCUUUUCCAAAUUGGAAUUGUUGUACAGUUUCACAAGCAAAGUACGAGGAUGUGAAUAUUGCCAUCCUUCAGAAUGACCGUCUAUAUAGCCUAACAGAGCAAGCUCAGUUUCCAUGACUUGCAACACAGUGGCUUUAAUUUGUUACCUUCGCACGCUCUAUAGCGUCUGCGAAGUUCUUAUCCGGACUUACUGGUGCUUGAUAAAUAUUAAUAGUUUGGCAAGUAAACAAACUCUUGCUUGUGCAAUAUGUCUAAAGAUUAUGUGUUGCCGAUUGUGAAAUCUACACGAACGCAAUUAAGAGAAAACAGUUAUUUUUCUUUAAAAAAUUUGCAUGGUCGAAGAGCUUAAAAAUAAAAAUAAAGUUGAGAGAUGUCGUAACUUUUAAUCAGUUGUAAGUUGAAACUGGUUGUGUGGAGCUACUCUACGUGACGUUUUUGGUUUCAUGUCUAUAACACCAGUUGACCUUACUUUCUCCGCUGUCACGAACUUUUUUCCACGAACGUGCUCUUUUGAUUUAGCAUAUUCAAAUGAAUAAGAGGAAACCAGUUUAUUAACAUAAAGAUUGAUAAACGCAAAAGAACAGAGCGUUUAAGGUUGUAAUUUCGAUUACACGUUCACAUAAUCACUUUUAUUGAAAAAAAAAAUUCAUGAGUUAAUUUAACCAGACUAUGUUUUAAAUCGUGUAACUGGUUACAUUUAAAGCUUUUCCGUUGUGUUUUGGAGUUGUCCUUAAGUGAUGUUUUAAUUUAACUGCUAUAAUUUGCCGUUGGUACUUGAAACAACACGACCUACGAUUGUAAACAAAUACCAGAGCUCUAUAAUAAACUUAUCGAGCCAGCUUUCCGUUUUUUUCCCCGUUCAAAAAUGCUUUUGUUGAACAAGCUAUGAUAGUUUUAGUUUUAACCUGUUUUUCUUUUAUGAGGAAAAACCUUAGAGAGUUUUCUUUUCAGUCUGAUGAUUUGUUUUCUCUGUAAUUCACGAGUGUGAGACUAUUUAUCUGGACUCGUUCCUAAUUAAAUUUUGUGAUCUCUCAAAGCACCCUAUGACGACCUUUACCUACGUUUAGACCACAAAUAAGUGGUUUCAUUUUCACCCACAAAUCGUUGUAACACAAACAAGUCAAGAAUUCAAGAUCUUCUUAAGUACGAAUGGAUCCUUGUAAACAGUUUUAAUUCGAAAACGUGAUUAUUGAUUUCAUAAACGAACACAAAUAAUCCUAUGUUCCAGUUGAAAGAACCUGAAUGAACUCAAACAGAUUGAAAUAUUGGAUGUGUUAUUUUAGCCACGCGGGAAGCUCAUUAAUUUUCAUGCAAAAGAAAAAAAUAACUUCUCAUCAUCAGUUAUUUUAGGCUACAGACUUAUGUCAUGAGAGUAUACAAAGUCUAUAACCAAAACACGGUUUCUUUUGCCCUAAGAGAAACUUUACUUGGUCAGUUUUUUUUAAAUAAAAUCGUUGUGCUACACCACAGCGAACAGUUCCACAACGCUUGCUAACUGUAGAAUCAAUGUCGCGCGAUUUUUCUUUUUUGUAAACACGACACUGUUGGGUAUUUUGGUCCUGAAGAGACGUGCACUAUUGUUCCUUGGCCUGUCCUGUUUUCGUCGAUCGGUGAUGUUGUUAAUUAAUUUGCGAACAGCUUACCCGGCUUAGAAUGACCCGGAAAAAAUACGCUUUUUUAUGAGUUGACUUGACGCGUUUCCGACCAUCCGCCGAGACAUUCACAAAACUACAAUCACUGAACUGUAGCUUAUUGAGAACACAUUCGUCAGAAAUGAUUACAUUGUCAACUUGUCUCAUGUCUGUCACUUGUGCAAGUCAAUACUGGAGAGAAAGAAAAGAAAACUCGAGGAAAAGACCAUAAAUAUCGUUUAAAAAUAAACAUUACCUUUCAGGGUGGAAGGGAGGUGAUCCCUUAAACAUUAUGAUUUUUUCUUUUCAAACCGGCUGACUAACAAACAGACUUAAGUAAGAGAAUAUUCUCUUGACUUAACCAAUAUUUCCUUUCCGAUAUAAAAACCGGAACUGGACCAAUGAGAGAGCGUGAUCAGAAUAAUUUUGUUUAUCUCGGUUAUUUUGCUAAGCGGUCGGAUAAAUCGACUACAAUAUCCGGGAUUACUAAAACCUUCAUUUGUUUUCUCAAGUCUUCACUUUGACCAAAGUUGUCCCCACGUUCUCCAAAUUGUGGUCACUUUGUCUAAACAAGAGAAGUCAAAUGUUCUUCGGGAAAACAAAAGCACUCAAGGGGUAGUCAUUUUAGAUCGUUCUCAGUGCACUGAAAACAAAACCAAUGCAAGCAAAAUCGAGUAUUGUAUGCAGAAGUAUUUAGAUGAAUGUCACAUGUGGUGUAGAAUUGACUGACGGCGCCAGAUUUCUGAAUCCACAUUACACUUAUUAAACCUUUACAUGUUAUUCCACUGUGUGGACAAGGAUUAAGUUUGCUUUCACUUGAAUGUCAUUUUAACGCAUCACUUAAAUUAAUUGGGAUACAGCGUACAGUUAAUCAGUUGACUAGCCGUUGAAGCACGGUGGAUAAGCCAUUGGUUCAAACGGAUAUAUGGCAAGCACUGGUAAAAAUUAGGUAAGAUUUUCUUAGUGGGGGACCUUCGGAUAGGUGGUCCUGUUUCAAGACGUGUCCCUAAAGGAAAUUAUUGCUGUAAGUUAAUAAGCUUUCGCGAUAACCCAAUGAAGGGUUUAAUGAACUAAUGAACUAAAAAUGGAUGUUAACAUUCCUGAAACAAGAAAGCUAGGACGGCGACUGAUUCUUCUCAGGAGCUUGUAGAGUAACUAUGGGUGCGUUUCUGACGGAGAAACGGGAUUUAGGCAACACUUUUUACGUGAUCUGGUUCACAAGACCAAAGAGGUUGAAUGUCACAGCGAGAAUUUUUGUUUUAAAAAUUGAUGGCGUAUGCACGCUCAUUAGGCCUGGCUGCUCAAAGGACUGACGCAAACUUCUUUGGUCAUAAAUGACUGUUGCCUGCUUUCGCGAAACAGGAUAGUCUCUCUCUCUGAAAAAAAACCAUCUUUCUUAGUCUUUAUAGUAUUGCCAUCGAUUUCUUAGUUCUUUCGGAAAGCUCGAGUUUAUCGACUUCUCCAUCAAAAGCACAUUGCACGAUUUCAUCUUGAAGUACUUUGCUGUGUUUAACAAAUGUUAACAAGUACUAUUCCGGAUGUCCUUCAGGAAGCCCUACAGUUUUUUUUAUUUUGAAGCGCUAAGAUCUUAUCGUUUAAAUCCAGCAAUCUGGUCUUCAGGACAAAACUUUAAGAUUACGGAAAUGUUCUAAGAUUUCGUGUGGCAGUCAGAACUGGUAUGGUAAACAAACUGUCUGAAAAUUUCCGGAAAUGUGCAAUCAAAAACAUUUCUUUCACAGAACAUCAGGCACUUGUUGGUCAUUUUGUGAUACAGACAGGAACCUCUUGGAUAUAUUUUCUGCACUUUUACAACUUUGAAGCAAUUUCAUCUUUUUUAGACAUCUUUUUUUCAUUCAAAAAGAGUGUUGAAUACUAUGAUUAGUAUUAUUCAAAUAACCAUGCUUCAGUUAGCGCCAGAAAAGUUUACCUCUAGAAAUUCGCCACGCUUCCACACUUUGAGUGGAAAAACCGUUCAAAAAUUGCUCGGAAAAUAUUAGCGAUCCUGGAAUGUUUGAUAUGAAGGAAUUAUGAUGAGAAAUAACCGAGGUUUUAAGGUGGAAGGGAAGGAAAGCCGUCAAAUGACGCCAUCAACUAACGGAACAAUUGAGGAAAUGUAAAGUAUAAGUUGUGUCCUCUUUAGCAUUGAUGCAGCAGAUAUGAAUGGAAGCAAAUUCUUCAUUCAGCAUCUUUGCAUUAAGGAACACAUUUGAAAACGUUUUCUUUCCUUUGGUUAAGUACUUAUAUGGUCUUGUAUCAAAGUCUUAACAGAACAGCUCGCCUUGCUUCCAUGAGAGGCGACUUUAAUACCGUGGGAACUAAUCAAAACUGUGUUGACAUUUGCCUAUUGUUGACCACUUUUGGCGGCGCAAACAUAACAUCACACGAUAGUGUGAGGUGUUAUCGUUCAUCUAAUUACUUCGACUUAAGCUCUUUACUUUCCCAAGCCGCAUUGCACGGCGCUGACAGAAGAAGCCAGACCUUUUUGUAACCAUUUCGACGAAGGAACAUUAAUCUAUUUGUCUGCUGUAGACUGCAAGCACAAAACUGAUCUCUCUCAGACGUGCGAAUAACGCGAAUGUACGCUGUAAAUAGAACUUAAAAUGGCCGUAGCACUUUUAGAACUUAAAAUAAACUUAGUGUAGUUGGAAUUGAGACGUUUUAUCUUGUAAAGUUUCAUCUUGCCAUACGUUCGAGUUUUCGAGGACCUUUUUAGCUACAAAUAUGUAAGCUUCUUUAUAGCCAUACCGCCCUGAGAAAAAAAAGCUUUUUAUCUCACGGAAAGCCAUUGACCUUACUGGUCGUGGCUACUAAUUAGAACGGUGUCUGUUCUCACAAAGCUCGCAUUGGUCAAGGUUCACAAAGACACAUUGAUCAGCUUAAACAGAGCACAUACCACUUGAGUAAAUUGUUCUCAAGAUAUCCAAACCAAACUUGAACACUUGACAAAUACUUUCUGCGGAUAUUCAACUAGCAAUACGAGCCGGGAGGGAUACAGCUGUCUUCAAGCUACUACCCGAACACCUAGACGUCUAUCUGACAAAAGGUUUUUCCUUACUUGAUGAGCAUGACUGCGAGAGGGUCUCUUCCUUUGAAUAAAUCUCCCCCACUAUUUUUGUUGUAAGUUGUAAAAUCAAGUGAAUGGGUAUUUUUCUUGUUUUUUUUUCUCUAUGUUGUAAAUAGAUAGAGAGAACUGACCGCUGUUUUCUUCGUUUGUCUUAGGUCUGUUUGUGAGGUUAGUCUAGCCGAUUCCCUAAAAGAUCUACGCUGUUACAAAGAUAUGGACGAAGAGGAACGACUGGAUCGACCCUGGAAUGCAUGGAUUGCUGUCAGGAAGGAAUCCUUACAAGCUGUAAGCCCUGAGCCCAUAUUUGAUUCACGAAAGAAGUCUUUCCAACAAUGGCUCAGCGAAAAGGAUCUUAGUCACUUGAGGGGACUCUUUGCAAAAGCUCAAGAGGCUGCUAAGACAAACGAGAAACAAGCAAAAUUGCUCAAGGGAAAAUCUUUUGAAGAAUGGUUAGAGGACAAGCAGCGAGAGUAUGAGAGGGAAAAAGAAAAGGAGAAAGGUUUGGAAGACCAGCAGAAACAGCAAGAGGACAAGAAGAACCAGCGAAGGAGAAUGUCUCAAGCCAAGUACGACAAAUGGCUGCAGCAGAAGGAACGCGACGCUCUGUUGAUGGAAGAAAAAAGAGAGCAAAUGGCAAAACAAAAACACGAACUUUUGAAAAAGAGGUGGGAAGAAGAGGAUGAAAUGAAGAAAAAUUGUAAACAGCCGCUAGGCCGAACUCAGAGUUUACCCGUGGAGGACCGGGCACUACCAACUCGACAAGUAAUAAACAAACAUAGAUUUACAAGUUUGAAGUAGCUUCUAACUCACACUAUAGGAAUAUUUUCUCCAUCCUUUAGAGUAGUGUAAACAUAAUGUUUUCUGUUCGAAGUUUGAAUGUAAUUAUGUAUCUGUUAGGUUUUGCUGUCUCUUUUUCCUCGGCACAACUAAUUCACUCUUAUGCACACUAUGAAUGAUCAUAAGGGAAUAUUUUCUAGUUUGAGAUAAGGUUUCUCUCGCUUUCGCAGGUGACGGUGGUUCACUUUUGUCUUCUAAUGAUUUCUUACGUUUAAAAUAGUUACUUACAGUUACGGAAAGGGAACAGUCUGACUGUAAAUUUAAAGGGACACCUGAUAUUCAGUAAAGUCUGUUCACUUCGAAAUGAUAUUUAGCGAUGCCACCCACAUAGCACAUUACAAGAGUGGUGUUGUUACUUGUGACAAAAUUAGGCCAACGACGAUAAUAUUGCUCAUAGAACAUGAUUCAAGCUUCGCGAGAAAUAGCUAAAAAUGUUAACAAAUUGUUUUUUCAAUUGAUAAUGGUAGCUUAGACUGCUUAGGUUUCGUAUCAAGCUGUUCAGCCAAGAGGAAAAGGGAAGUGUGAUUGAGUUUGUGGUAAGUGUAUUUAUUUCUCAGCACACAAUACAUUUGAGGUGUCAGUUGAACAUUUAUGAAGACCUUAGGGUAAUUGUAGUUUAGGACAAGCUUGUUAUAAGUGAUUUACAAAGGGUAGAUCUGAAUUGAUAAGGUUAAUUUCAAAUCGAAUUAAAUAAAUUAAUUGAUUCAUAUCAGAGCAAAAUGAAGGUUUGAAUGUGUUUUUCUUUCCCUCGAAUAAUCUUAAGUUGCUCAAACCACUCGUGGAGGCAGCAAAUAAAUAAAACUCGCACAACACCCUCAACCACGAACACACGAAACCAGGAGCCCAUUGGGCUCCUCACGAAACUUGAUCCUUUGCAAACUCGGUCACCCGCGUUUUCCCGCGCUUCAAACAGAUUGCUUGUCUAUUAUUUCUCGCUCUUCUCAUUGGGUCCUUGAUCUAUAAAUCCUCUUUGUUCUUAUUGGCUGG